GUAUUCCUGCUGGGAACAAAGAAGAUAACCAAUCGUGGGAGAGGUGUUUCCCGGGUUCCCUAAAAACUUAAUGCUUUUUCCUUGGUCCUGGAGUGACAUGAUCGUCUGUGUUCAGGGACCCCAUCCUUUGCUGGCAGAAGAAAAAAUCAGGAGACUAUCGCUUGGAGCUCUUGCGGUGAAUUUGUCAGAGCAAGUCAUGCAGCCUCUGUCGGUCACCCCCUUCCAAGAAGAGUCCGCUCCUGCCAUUGUGGCACCCACACUAGAGAACAACCCGCCUCAGCCACGAGAUCCAGAAGAGGACUUGCUGUGCAUUGCAAAGACCUUUGCAUAUUUGCGAGAAUCUGGUUGGUAUUGGGGCUCUAUCACAGCCAGUGAAGCCAAACAGCAGCUCCAGAAGAUGCCUGAAGGCACCUUCCUGGUGCGGGACAGCACUCAUCCCAGCUACUUGUUCACACUGUCAGUCAAAACCAACCGCGGGCCCACCAACGUGCGCAUCGAGUAUGCCAACAGCAAGUUCCGGCUAGACUCCAACUGCCUCUCCAAACCUCGAAUUUUGGCCUUCCCCGACGUGGUCAGCCUAAUCCAGCAUUAUGUUCUUUCCUGCAUGGUGGAGAGCAAGAGCGAUGCUCCUUACCCCCCUCCAGUGCCCUCGCCACCCAUGCAAAAAGAGAUCGCAGCCUCGGCGGUGCACUUGAAAUUGAUCCGCCCGCACAGCCGCAAGAACAAUGCGCCCAGCCUGCAGCACCUCUGCCGGCUCCAGAUCAACAGAUCCACUACGGAGGCAGACCACUUGCCUUUACCAAAGAGAAUGAAGGACUAUUUAAAGCAGUACCCUUUCCAACUUUGAGGUGCUGCUAGUUUGCCUCAGAAAGACAGUAGAAGCAAAAUGAAAUCCAGAUGGGACAGUGUCGUGGCUUUGUCCCACUCAAACGGCGUGGUAUUAAGUGGGCACAGCAAACUAAUGGCCAUCAGAAGAG